AUGCGGCACGGCGCGCGGUCGUCGGGCACGUUCUCGGCGUCAUGGAACUUGUGGAUCAUGGUCACCAUCGCCGUCGUCCUCGUUUUCUUCGGCGCAUGGGCCAUCUUUUCCCCUUCUAACAGCGCAGCCGUGGAGGCAGUGGCGGAGGAGGAGAUGGAGGACGUGGUGGGCGAGUCUGUCCUUCUUCACGGCCUUGGAGGCAUUGGCGGAGGAGGAGGUGGAGGACGUGGUGGGCGGGUUGGAGCCGUCAGUAACCCAGCCGUGGAGGCAUUGGCGGAGGAGGAGGUGGAGGACGUGGUGGGCGAGUCGGAGCAGCGGCUGGAAGCUGAUGUGAAAGUCGCCGAGGCGAUCCAGAGGGCGAAAAACCGAGCCAAGGCCAAGGACGUGGCGCUGAAGGCAGAGACCAGGCCAGCAGCUAGCUGGCAGAGUAAAUCCUCUAAACCGAGACCCACCUCUUUCCACCCUCUCAACAUCCCUUCCUUGUCAGGAUGUGGCUUCGACUCAAAACUCGACUUCUCCUCCUCUUCCUUGUUCCAACCUUUCCCUCCCUCUUAUCGGAACCUCUUCCUCUAUUCUCCUGCCCAGUUCUUCUUUGCUGACCUGGCAGCGGUGGAGGCAGCGUGGGAUUCAGAGGACGCAGCAGCAGCAGACCCCAACGUGCCAGCAGCAGACCUGCGCACAGAGAGCAGUAGUUCCGAGUUUCCCCCUUCUUCCUUUCUCUCCCUUUCCCUUAUCCCAACCUCUCCUUCGCUGUCCCUGCUUCAGUUCUUCUCUGCUGACCUGGCAGCGGUGGAAGCAGCGUGGGACUCGGAGGACGCAGCAGCAGCAGAUCCCAACGUGCCUGCAGCAGACCUGCGCACAGAGAGCACGAGCUCUGAGGCAGGCAGUGGGCUUGAGUCUCAGGCGAGAGAGUCGGAGGAGGAGGCGAGGCUGGACAUUCGGGAAGCUGCCACGAAGAAGCAGGAGAGCAAGAAGACGGAGGGUCCGCCUCCCCUCCCGCACAGGGUACGUGAAUCUUUACACGGCUGCCGCUCGCCUGUCCCUUCCCUCUUCCGCCACACCUUCCUAGCGCUGCUUCUCAACUCCCUCUUCUUCUCCUUCUGCAACUCUCUUUUCUCCUCCCCACCUUUCCCACAGGUGUGGUACGACAACGUGCGCACACCGGGCCUGGCGAGCUACAAGCUAGGUACUAAAGCGCGCCAUAGUUUGUCUCAAAUGCCUCCUCUCCCCUCUCGUAACUGGCCUCCUCCUCCCCCCUCCCUUCCCCUCUCAACAGGUGUGGUACGACAACGUGCCGCACCCGGGCCUGGCGAGGCGAGCUACAAGCUGGGUUCUAAAGCGCGCCAUAUUUUGUCUCAAAUGCCUCCUCUCCCCUCUCGUAACUGCCUCCUCCUCCCCCUCCCUUCCCCUCUCAACAGGUGUGGUACGACAACGUGCCGCACACCGGGCCUGGCGAGCUACAAGCUGGGUUCUAAAGCGCGCCAUAGUUUGUCUCAAAUAUGCCUCCUCUCCCCUCUCGUAACUGCCUCCUCCUCCCCCCUCCCUUCCCCUCCCUCAACAGGUGUGGUGUGGUACGACAACGUGCCGCACCCGGGCCUGGCGAGCUACAAGCUGGGUUCUAAAGCGCGCUGUAGGUUUGUGUGGUAUGACAACGUGCCGCACCCGGGCCUGGCGAGCUACAAGAAGGAUCAGAACUGGGUGGCGAUGGAGGGAGACAAGCUUGUGUUCCCGGGGGUGGCACGCAGUUCACCCAUGGCGCCACGGGGUGUGGUAUGGGGCCUGGCGCGCUACAAGAAGGAUCAGAACUGGGUGGCAAUGGAGGGAGACAAGCUUGUGUUACCAGGCAGGGGCACGCAAUUCACCCAUGGCGCUACGGGGUACAUCAACUUCGUCCAGAAGACCCUCGUUCCCUUCCUGUGGUAUGUGGCAUGGGCCAUAGAAGACCAUGCUAAUCCCGUGCUAGUCUUCUGGGCACAUGCAUGUCGUGGCCUUCGCCGACGUGGCGUGGGGCAGGCGAGUGCGGGUGAUGCUGGACAUGGCUGUGGUGUGGCGAGCCUGUCAGCAUAUCUGGACGCGUUUGACGUGCGAGUCAUGUCCAUGGCACCCAAGGACGAGCACGAGGCACAGGCGUUUGACGUGCGGGUCAUGUCCAUGGCGCCCAAGGACGAGCACGAGGCACAGGUGAGGAGAGAGGUCACGUUUUAUCAGGUGAGGAGAGAGGUCACGUCAUCAGGUGACUUGCGGGUCAUGUCCAUGGCGCCCAAGGACGGGCACGGGCACAGGCAGGUGAGGGCGAGGGGGUGGAUGGCACAGGCACAGGGAGCAAGUUCCUUUUGGGCUAUCGGGCGAAUGGUUGAGAGUUGUGGUGAAGGUUUGAAGCCUGUCAGCAUACCUGGACUGGAGGCGUUUGACGUGCGGGUCAUGUCCAUGGCUCCCAAGGACGGCACAGCUCUGGGGCAGGGAGUGCUGGCGGUGGUGGGCGUGAUGGGCACACAGCGCAUGCCCCUUACCCUUCAAAUUCAACUGGCUCUAGAGCGAGGGGUGCUAGCGGUGGUGGGGGUGAUGGGCACACAGCGCCUGCCCUUCUCCUCCAACUCCUUUGAUGCCGUGCACUGCGCUAGAUGCCGUGUGCCAUGGCACAUUGAUGGUGGGUGGGGGAUCAUUCCCAAUCAAGCAUGUGUGCAUGCACUCCCUCUCUCACUGUGCCUUCCCUUCUCCUCCAACUCCUUGAUGCUGUUCACUGCGCUCGAUGCUGUGUGCCAUGGCACAUUGAUGGUGGGUGGGGGAUCAUUCCCAAUCAAGCAUGUGUGCAUGCGCUCCCUCUCUCACUGUGCCUUCCCUUCUCCUCCAACUCCUUGA